AUGAACGAUUCCUACGAACAUGUUGGCAGCUCCAAAGAGAAUACCGAGCCACAACAUUUCCACUUUCCAACUCUUUCCAACAACAAGUCUUCAUCUCAACUCAAACCAAGUGCCAUUCCGAAAGUCAUUCAUAACAAGAAGAUUGUAGAUCAUCAACCACAGAAUACUACGACGACUCAACGAAAAGCUCUCAACAAUAUCAGUAAUAUUCCAAACCACCACCACAUCACGCCUCCAUCCAUUCAGAUCAUUCCUCCUUCUCGGCCAUCACAUAACAUGAUGAUGGUAGAUGAAGAAGCUCCAAGCAACAAUCCUACAUCCGAGGCUGUUCUUUCUCAAGAAGGUUCUUUAUCUUCUCAACACGAGAAAAAGUCAUGGAAAUUACAAGACUUUGAAAUUGGAAAUUAUUUGGGAAAGGGCAAAUUUGGUCAAGUGUAUUUGGCUCGUGAGAAGAGAACCAAAUAUAUUGUUGCUCUUAAAGUAUUAGAUAAAGAACAAUUAAAGAAGGAAGGAGUGGAGCAUCAACUACGAAGAGAAAUUGAAAUCCAAUCUCAUCUCAGACACAAGAACAUUCUGAGGCUUUAUGGUUACUUUUAUGAUCGACAAAAAGUGUAUUUAAUUUUGGAAUAUGCAGCAGGAGGAGAAUUGUAUAAACAAUUGCAAGAAUGUAAACGAUUUUCAGAACCUGAAGCUGCUCGAUAUAUUUUAGGUUUAGCUAAGGCUUUGAAAUAUUGUCACGAUCGAAAUGUCAUUCAUAGAGACAUUAAACCUGAAAAUUUACUGGUGGACUCCAAUCAUGAAGUGAAAAUUGCUGAUUUUGGUUGGAGUGUUCAUGCCCCAACAACAAGAAGAACCACAUUGUGUGGAACCUUGGAUUAUCUUCCACCAGAGAUGGUCGAAGGUAAAGAACAUGAUUCCACAGUUGAUUUGUGGUGUCUAGGAGUAUUGUGUUAUGAAUUUCUAGUUGGAGAACCACCCUUCAUGGCACCUACACAAGAAGAAACCUUUAAACGUAUCAAACAUGUCGAUUUGAAAUUCCCUCCUUUUAUUUCUUUGGAUGCACAAGAUUUCAUGAGUCGACUUUUAGUGAAAGACACUCUUCAACGAAUGACUCUUCCAGAAUUGUUGAGUCAUCCAUGGAUUACUGCUCAUUGUCCCAAUAAUGAAAAUGACAAUAAACUUGUAAGCAUGUAG